AUGACCACAGUACAGACUUCCCUCGCACAAAUUCAUGUCAUGCUGAACAACCUGAUUUUGUCCAUCUCGGAUAUCCAAACCAGACUAGAAGCGGUUGAGUCCCGCGGUACCGCUAAUACUCUGCUUACUACUGACGUAGCCAUCCCUUCCACAUCUGCAGCAGGGGGCUCAGGUGUCACAGUAGCAGUGCCCAAUAUCACCCUGGCGCAUUUCAUUCCUGCCAAUUUAGAGAAAGAUAUCCUGGAAGGUAGGGAUGUUAAUCUUGCAUCCUUGCUUAUCGCUACCCGGGAUCUUUCAGAUAGUAAAGUCAUUGCUUGUGGUGAUGUGUCUGUGGUCCUAAGAGGCCGGGACCACAGGCUGAAUCGUAAGCUCACCAUACCAGAGUUUGUUCUUGCCUUCAGCUUGUACAGAGACGUGAUCUGCUCAGUGCGUCCUGACCGAAGGGAAGAGCUAGAUUUGUAUUUGUUUAGAAAGAGUAAUCUGACUGUGGUUGUAGAGUUUGUUCUCCUAGGAUUUCACACUGGUCCACAGUUAAGCAUUUUCCUGUUCUCUUUGCUGCUUGUGGUUUACUGUGGAGAAAUAACUGGGAACCUCCUGAUCAUCACCCUGGUGUCCACCAGCAAGAACCUCCAGACUCCAAUGUACUUCUUCAUUUCACAACUGUCCAUCAGUGACAUCUUAUUACCCACUGACAUUGUCCCCAACAUGCUCUACAUUCUACUGAAUAAUGAGGGGAUCAUUACUUUUACUGGAUGUAUCACUCAGUUAUAUUUCUUUUGUGUCUUUGAGGUAUUUGAAUGCCUUCUUCUCACAGUGAUGUCCUAUGACAGAUAUGUGGCCAUCUGUAAUCCCCUCCAUUACUCCUCCAUAAUGACCAGUGGACAUUGUGUGAAGUUAAUCUGUAUAUGUUGGGUUGCAGCUUUCACCCUUGUGCUAAUUUAUGUCAUAACAACGUCAAUGCUAAAGUUUUGCAAACCAAAUAUUCUUGACCACUUUUUCUGUGAUUAUGUUCCUCUGCUAGAAAAAGCUUGCUCUGACACCUUCAUUGUGAAAAUUCAGGUGAUUAUAGUAAGCAUACCUGUAGUCAUUAUACCAAGCAUUAUCAUUAUUGCAUCUUAUGUCAAUAUUAUUGUCAACAUCUUAAGGAUCCCAUCCAGUACCGGUAGACAGAAGGCCUUCUCCACCUGUAGCUCCCACCUCAUUGUGGUCUCCAUAUUUUAUUGGACUCUAUACAGUGUUUAUGUAUUUCCAACAAAAGGACAAACCUCAACCAUUAAUAAGAUCCUAUCACUGCUAUAUACUGUGUUUAUCCCAGUGGUCAACCCCAUUAUCUAUAGUUUGAGGAACAAAGAUAUUGUGACAGCCCUAAAUGAAACAUUUAGUAAGUUUAUACUUUAG